UGAUAAAAAUCUUAAGCGAGGAUGGAACACUUCUUUUUAUUUUUUCUGCUGGUGAGCGGCGAUUGGACAGCAAAGAAAGAUAAAUAUGAAAGUUUGUGAUGAUGUAGCCCGCUUCUUCAUCCCUCUUUUAUUUAUUGUUUUUUGUUUUUUGUAAGUGGUCCACGACAAAGCCUUGGCUUCUCUUUUUUCUUUCAACCCAUUAACUGACUCACCCAGCUCCUUUAAAGUUCCUUUAAAUCCGCCUACUCCCAAUUCAUUAUUCUUCCCGAUGCGCGUCGCAGUGUUUUUCUACUGUGCAGCAUCGCUGCUACUCGGCCACCACGCAACCGCCGCGGCAGCGGUUUUAUCAAAUCCACCCACCGGCCUCGUCAACACAAACCUCAUCCGCACAGUCGACCUACAGGCGCUGCCCUACGUGCAUGAGCAGCUUGGCGUCAUUGUGCAGAACGACCACCCGACACUGGCCUUUACGCGCUACAAGCUGCGCAUCCCACAGGCCAAGUGCGCGCGGCUGGCACAGAUUCACGUGCAUGAGCGCAAGAGCGGUGCGCCGCUACCGCUGGUCCGCCACCGGCCCCUGGCAGAGGCAGCAGCGGAUUCUGACGAUCCAGAGGUGUACGAGGUGCGGCUGCGCGGCGCUGGGCUGAUGCCAGGGGAGAAGCUCGGGCUGAACAUUGAUCUGGUGUUUGGCGCCGGCAGCGUGCAGCCGAGCCCUGCGGUGGCCGGGCAGGCGGCGGACCAGGUGUGGGCGUGGGCUGACGCCGCACUGGUCACAUCUGACUACGCGACGCGCAAGCAGAAGACCGUGGUCAAGACGCGCGUCGCUCGCGUCGGGCGCGUGGACGGGGCGCUGGCGCUGGCGAAGGGCGGCACGGUGACGUUCGGCCCGUACACGAACGCCACGGCGGCAGACGGUAAGGGUGAGAUUGGCGUGCACUUUGUGGACAAUGGCGCGCAGAUGGAGGCGGUGACCCAGCGGCGUGAGUACUUUGUCAGCCAGUGGGCCGACGACCUGCACGUGCGCGACUAUUACACGGUGCGCAACGCCGGGCCGCAGCUCGAUCGCUUCGACAAGGUGCGGCAGGUGAUGACCAAGCAUAUGCACGGCCGCGACAAUUUCAUCAAGGCGCUGUUGGUCAGCGUGCCGGCCGAUGCGCGCGAGAUGUACUUUGUCGACCAGAUCGGCAACGUGUCGACGUCGGCCGUGUCCCAAGCAAAGCUCGGCAGCCGCAAGGUGCUGCAGCUACAGCCGCGGUACCCGCUGCCUGGCGGAUGGGUUUACGCGUGGUGGCACGGGUACAGCGUGCCGCUGGCGCAGUAUCUGCGGCGCCAGGGCUCGCGCCACCACCUGCGCGUGCCUCUGAUCGAGCCGAUCACCGCCACUGCGUCGCUGGAGGCCCGGCUGUCGACGAAGGAGCUUGCUGCGCGCAACACGGCUGUGACCAAGUACGAGAUGCGCGUGACGCUGCCCGAGGGCGCGUCUGCCGUGCGGCUGGCCGCGUCAGUUGACUUAAGCGCGGAGCUGGUACGCACAAAGUACUACCUGGACUCGGUCGGCCGCCCGGUAGUCGUGGUGCGAUGCCACAACGUGGCGCCCGACAUGUUCGGCCUUGCGGUUGUGGUGUCCUACGACUACAGCCGCCUGGCUGCGUGGAUUAAACCGGCCGUGGUUGCUGCCUGGCUGCUGAUUGCCUUUGGCAUGGCGUCGGCCCUGAGCCGCGUCGAGAGGGGCCUGGCCAAGAAGAACAAGGCCAAGACAGAGUGAGUUGGCUGCUAAUGUUAUUAGAGGACUGAAAAUCGAAAAAUCGAAAAAUCGAAAAAUCGAAAAAUC